AUGGGCUCUGAAGGACCAAAAGCAAUUACAGUUCAUGUGACUGGGUUCAAGAAAUUCCUUGGGGUUUCCGAGAAUCCUACUGAGAAAAUAGCUGACAAUCUCAAAUCUUAUGUCGAGAAACGAGGAUUGCCUUCUGGGUUGAGUCUUGGUAGCUGCACUGUUCUUGAGACUGCAGGGGAAGGAGCAAAGUCUCAUCUUUACGAGGUUUUGGAGUCUAGUGUUGUCUCUGGAGAUAAGAACAGCAAUGGAACUGUUGUUUGGCUUCAUCUUGGAGUGAAUAGUGGAGCGACAAAAUUCGCCAUUGAAAGACAAGCAGUGAACGAAGCUCACUUCCGUUGUCCUGAUCAAUUGGGAUGGCAACCACAGCGGCUUCCCAUAGUUGUUGAAGAUGGAAGCAUUUUAAAGGCCAAAGAGACUUCAUGUUCGACAGAGUCGAUUUUCAAGUUAUUAAAGAGUAAAGGCUUCGAUGUCAUUCAAUCAGACGACGCGGGGAGGUUCGUGUGCAACUAUGUCUACUAUCAUUCUCUCAGGUUCGCAGAGCAAAAGGGACACAAGUCUCUGUUCGUUCACGUUCCUCUCUUCUCCAAGAUCGACGAAGCCACUCAGAUGCAAUUCGUGGUCUCUCUCUUGGAGGCCAUUGCAGCUACUUGCUAG